AUGAAAGCCUUUCUCGCCCUGGGCACGGCCUUCCUGGCCGGGUUGGCCCAAGCCACCAACUCUUCCACGCCGCUGUAUAAGCACCCCAACGCCACUCUGGAUGACCGAGUAUCUGACCUCCUCAAGCGGAUGACCAUCCAGGAGAAGGUGUCCCAGCUGGUUCAGGGAGACAUAAGAAACUACCUCAACCUCACUGAUGGGACCUUGAACCAGACCGGACUGGAGUGGAGCAUGGCCACCCGCGGCCAUGCGGUCUGGUCCGGUCUCUACGCGAAGCCUGAGAUAAUCAAGCUGGGUGCCCAGAUAGCCCAGGAUUAUCAGAUAAAUCAGACCGAGCUAGGCAUCCCGACCUACGUCUCAGGCGAAGGUCUGCACGGAUUCCUCGCCCUGAACGCGACCAUUUUCAACUCGCCCAUCGGGAUCGGCUGCUCGUUCAACCCGGAGCUGGUCGAGAAGAUGGCGAGGGUCAUCGCCGUCGAGGCGCUGGCGCUGGGCGUCAACCAGCUCUUCUCGCCGGUUGUUGACUUGGCCAGGGAGCUGCGCUUUGGUCGUGUGGAGGAGACUUUUGGGGAGGACCCAUACCUGGCUGGUGAAUUUGGAUACCAUUACACCAAGGGCUUGCAAGAUGAGGGUGCUUGCGCCCAGGUCAAACACUUUGCGGCUUUUGCUUCUCCUGAGCAGGGCAUUAACACUGCGCCUGUGCAUGGAGGAGAACGCGAGUUGCGGAGCCUCUAUCUCCCGCCGUUCAAGCGGGCCAUUAUCGACGGCGAGGCUCUGUCGGUCAUGUCGUCGUACAACUCGUACGACGGGUAUCCCGUCAUUUCGAACCCUCACAUCAUGACUGACAUCCUGCGUGGAGAAUGGGGGUAUGAGAACUUUGUGAUUUCUGAUGCUGGUGCGACGGCCCGGCUCAUCGAUGCAUUCCAUAUCUGCGGUAAAAAUGAUAAUGAAUGUAUCACGACUGAAGUCCUCCCUGCAGGCAAUGACGUGGAAAUGGGCGGUGGACUCUACAGUUUCGAGAUCAUCCCUGAGCUGGUCGAGUCUGGCAAGCUUGACAUUGAGAUAGUGGACACAGCUGUUUCUCGUGUUCUGCGCGCCAAGUUCGCUCAGGGUCUGUUCGAGAAGCCAUACAGCGGCGUGCCAGAUGACAAGAUCUUUGAUUAUCUGGGCACUGAAGAGCACAAGAAGCUUGCUCAGGAGCUGGAUGCCGAGAGUAUCGUGCUCCUGGAGAACCACAACAACGUUCUGCCACUGAAGAAGGACGCAAAUGUUGCCGUCAUUGGCCCCAUGGCCCAUGGCUAUGUCAAUUACGGUGACUAUGUGAUCUACACUUCCCAGUAUCAUGGCGCUACACCUCUCGACGGCAUUGAGGCUGUCAGCGAAGGAACUGUCACGUACGCGAAGGGUUGCGAACGCUGGUCCAACGACGAGUCAGGCUUCGCCGAGGCAGUCGCCGCAGCAGAAGCGGCGGAUGUAGCGGUCGUGGUUGUGGGAACCUGGUCAAGAGACCAAGACGAGCUCUGGGCACCCCUCAAUGCCACGACGGGCGAGUCGAGAGACGUCCACGACCUGGGCCUCGUCGGCGCCAUGCCACGUCUUGUGCGUGCCAUCAUCGACACCGGUAAGCCCACAGUGGUGGUUUACAGCUCUGGCAAGCCGAUUACCGAACCAUGGAUCUCAGAGGAGGCCGCUGCUCUUGUCCAGCACUUUUACCAAUCCGAGAUGGGUGGCCAUGCGCUGGCCAGCAUCCUCUAUGGCGAUGUCAAUCCGUCGGGCAAGCUGUCCGUGAGUUUCCCUUAUGACGUGGGCACCACGCCUAUUUACUACAAUCACCUCAAGUCGGCGCGAUCAUUCUACAAUGUCGGCCAGGAGUAUGCCAACGGCACUCUCCAUUUCGGCCAGACCUAUGUUCUCCAGAACCCCACGGCACUGUACACAUUCGGCUAUGGCCUGUCGUACAGCAACUUCACGCUCUCCAACAUCCAGGCAUCAUCGGAGACGGUUUCGGCGGCCGACACGGUCACGGUGUCCGUCGAUGUCCAGAACACGUCUGACCGUGACGGCGCCGAGGUUGUCCAGCUCUACGUGCAAGAUGUGCUCAGCUCAGUUGAGGUGCCCCGCUGGUCGCUCAAGGGGUUCAACAAGGUCAAGGUCAAGGCGGGUGAGACAGAGACGGUCAAGAUAGACCUCAAGGUGGAGGAUUGGGGCCUGUGGAACCGGAAGAUGGAGUAUGUCGUCGAGCCUGGAGAGUUUCUAGUUUUGGUGGGCACGUCUAGCGAGGACUUUGCAGGCAACGUGACCGUUACGGUGCAAUAG